AAAAGAAAACACUCUGUCUUGGAGUAAAGCUUGAAAGGGGCAGUUCUUAGCUUAUGAGCCACAAAGCUCAUUGAGGAAUGGAAUUGGUUUCUUAGCUACACAAGGCAUCUUCUCCUUUUCUCCUUCACUUUCUUUGUUUCCACUCAAGGGUUUUCACCAAAUUGUCAAGAAUUGUUAAUCCCUUCAAGCAUUCUUGAUUUUUUUCAGAGCAAUUAUAGUUCUUUUUUUGGGGUUUCGGUUGUCCUUGUUUUUUUUCCAGUUUUGUCAGUGAAAGCAAUUAUAGUGCUCUUUUUGGGUUUUUGGGUUGUCCUUUUUCCCAGUUUUGCUUCUGAAAACUUGAUAAUUGUUGAGCUGCGUUUCUGCAGUGUGGUUUCGAAUUCUCUGUGUUACUUUAUUCCAUGUUUAUGUUCAACUCUAUGGUUGGUUUCUUGCAGACGGUUUGGCACCAACAAAGGAUUUUGGUUUACUAAGAUUCGUGGUGUUAUAAGUGGAUAUGGUGUCCAGAUCGUAUUCGAACCUUUUGGACCUGGCCUCCGGCGAGGCCCUGUCUCCUUCCUUUGGUCGGCUGAGCAGGCGGAUUCCCCGUGUGAUGACUGUGGCUGGCAUCAUGUCUGAUUUGGAAGACGAUGCAUCAGAGAGUGUGUGCUCUGAUCGGUCUUCAUCUUCUGCACAGAAGGAUAGGAUCAUCAUUGUUGCCAACCAGCUACCAAUAAGGGUGCAGAGAAAGACUGACAAUGGAAAGGGUUGGACUUUCAGCUGGGACGAGAACUCUCUUCUCCUCCAGCUGAAAGAAGGGCUGGGUGAUGAUGAAAUGGACGUUAUAUACGUGGGCUGUCUAAAGGAGGAGAUUCAUCCAAGUGAGCAAGAUGAGGUUUCACAGAUUCUGCUUGAGACAUUCAAGUGUGUUCCCACCUUCUUGCCUCCUGAUAUGUUCACUAGGCACUACCAUGGGUUUUGCAAGCAGCAUCUGUGGCCAGUGUUCCACUAUAUGCUGCCCCUAUCACCUGAGCUAGGGGGCAGGUUCAACCGCGCUCUCUGGCAAGCUUACGUUUCUGUGAACAAGAUUUUUGCGGAUAGGAUCAUGGAAGUUAUCAACCCGGAGGAUGAUUUUGUGUGGGUUCAUGACUAUCAUCUCAUGGUGCUUCCAACCUUCUUGAGGAAGAGGUUCAAUAGAGUAAAGCUUGGGUUCUUUCUGCACAGUCCUUUUCCGUCAUCAGAGAUUUACAAGACGCUGCCUGUCAGGGAGGAGAUCUUAAGAGCUCUCUUGAACUCAGACUUGAUUGGGUUUCAUACUUUUGACUACGCCAGACAUUUCCUCUCCUGCUGCAGCCGGAUGCUAGGCCUACCCUAUGAGUCUAAGCGAGGCUACAUAGGCAUUGAGUACUACGGUCGGACUGUGAGUAUAAAAAUUCUUCCAGUUGGCAUACACAUGGGGCAGCUUCAGCGAGUCCUUAGUCUCCCGGAGACUGAGGCCAAAGUUGCGGAACUCAUAUCGCAGUUCAAUGGUCAAGGGAGAACAAUGCUGCUGGGAGUUGAUGACAUGGACAUAUUUAAAGGCAUUAGUUUGAAGAUACUUGCAAUGGAACAAUUGCUUCUGCAGCAUCCAGAGAAGCAGGGGAAAGUGGUUUUGGUACAGAUAGCCAAUCCUGCAAGGGGUAAAGGGAAGGAUGUGAAGGAAGUCCAAGAAGAGACUUACUCCGCAGUUAAACGGAUUAACGAAAGGUUUGGCAACCCUGGGUAUGAGCCUGUUAUCCUGAUUGACCAGCCACUGAAGUUCUUUGAACGGGUUGCUUACUAUGUAGUUGCAGAGUGUUGUUUGGUCACUGCAGUUAGGGACGGAAUGAAUCUGAUGCCUUAUGAGUACGUAAUAAGCCGUCAGGGAAAUGAAAAUCUGGAAAAGUUUUUCGGGUUAGACCCUAACCUGCCUGCUGCCAAGAAAAGCAUGCUAGUCUUGUCUGAGUUUAUCGGCUGUUCUCCUUCAUUAAGUGGAGCAAUUAGAGUUAACCCUUGGAACAUUGAUGCAGUGGCAGAUGCAAUGGACACUGCUAUAGUGAUGUCUGAGCCUGAAAAACAGCUUAGACACGAUAAACACUACAAGUAUGUUAGCACUCAUGAUGUUGCCUAUUGGGCUCGCAGCUUCUUGACUGAUUUGGAAAGAGCAUGCAAGGAUCAUGCGAGGCGCAGGUGUUGGGGCAUUGGGUUUGGCUUGAAAUUUCGGGUUGUUGCACUCGAUCCCAAUUUCAGGAAGCUUGCAAUGGACUACAUAGUUUCAGCGUAUAAGAGGACAACAACCCGGGCAAUCCUCUUAGACUAUGAUGGCACUUUAAUGCCUCCCAAUGCAAUUGACAAGAAGCCAAGUGCUAAAACCCUUGAGAUUCUAAACAUUUUGUGUAGGGACGAGAACAAUAUGGUUUUCAUUGUGAGUUCUAAAACCCGAGAGAAAAUGGAUCAGUGGUUUUCAUCCUGUCGAAAGCUUGGACUUGCUGCUGAGCAUGGCUAUUUCUUUAGGGUCAACAGAGAAGAAGACUGGGAAACUUUUGUGCCGGUGAUGGAGUGUGGCUGGAAACAAAUUGCGGAACCAGUAAUGCAACUCUACCUUGAAACUACAGAUGGAUCAGCAAUUGAGUACAAGGAAACAUCAAUGGUUUGGUGUUAUGAGGAUGCAGACCCUGAUUUUGGAUCUUGUCAAGCCAAAGAACUACUCGAUCACCUUGAGAGUGUUCUUGCUAAUGAGCCUGUUACAGUUAAGAGUGGACAAAAUACCAUAGAAGUAAAGCCACAGGGUGUAAGCAAAGGGCUUGUUGCAAAACGGCUACUUUCGUUGAUGGAAGAGAGAGGGAUGGCCCCAGAUUUUGUUCUCUGCAUAGGGGAUGACCGAUCAGACGAAGACAUGUUUGAGGUGAUUAUGAACUCCGUGGCCAGCCCAUCCGUGGCACCCUCUGCUGAGGUCUUUGCUUGUACUGUCGGCAAAAAGCCAAGCAAGGCCAAAUACUAUGUUGACGACACUGCAGAGAUCGUCAGGUUAAUGCAGGGCUUGGCUUCUGUUGCCGAACAGAAACUGCAACAAACAGUCUUGCUUUGAUCCUUGGCAGACGAAAAAACAAAGCUUCUGCUCUCUCAUGGUUUCUCUUUGUGCUGUAAACUUCAACAUUGCACAAAAAUCUUGUAAAAAAAAGACAAGUGGCAGCUAGGAGUGUUACAUGCCUGUUUGUGUUGACUUUUGAAGUCUGGUGUGGCUUGUAUCUUAACAUGUGUUUCGUUGCAGAGUGAGGGAUUAAUGUGUAUUUCGUUUGGUGGUUUGUAUUUCGAUGCAAUACUUUUUGUUUCUUGUAUGCUAAUUUAGAGGCAUCAAAGGUACUUAGUCAUACCAUGAAGGUCUGGGAGGGUAUCAUCGAGUCUAGGUUGAGGAAAGGUACGUAGUCUCUGAAUGAGUUGAAGUAUGAAGUCGCUUUGAAGAAAGGUAAGACCAAAGG